CUUUUCUUAUUACACUCUCCCGAAAAAAACGUAAAACGUAAAAAAACCUAAAGUCAAAUAAAAAGGCCGUGUGGGUCUCUCUUUACGUCUCUCAACAUUCUCAGAGAAGCCGUCUUCCUCCACUAAUCUCUCCCAUCGAUCUUCUUCUCUGCGAUUCCAAUGUCGAGCCGUUGGUUGAGACCUGAGGUGUAUCCCUUGUUCGCGGCUACCGGAGUUGCUGUUGGGAUCUGCGGGUUUUCGUUGAUAAGGAACAUCACCGGAAAUCCUGAAGUCAGAGUAACAAAGGAGAAUAGGGCUGCUGGAGUUUUGGAUAACCAUGCAGAGGGAGAGAAGUAUAAGGAAAAUUUCCUGAGGAAGUAUGUUCGCAACAAGCAUCCUGAAAUCAUGCCUGGAAUCAACAAAUUCUUCACUGAUCCUAAAUACUGAUUAAACAUUUUCAAGACCCUUCGCAUCGCUUUUUAUUGUUAUUGUUUUCUGGAAUUGAAUCUUCUCAGAUAUUUCCAUGUGAUAUAAACCAAAUUUGUCAACAUUGUGAUGUUACUAUCCUCCAGCAGAGAGAGACUACUUAUUAUGCUGGGUUUGUGUUGUCACUUUUAAGCAGAGAAUAACAAUUUGUAUGAAAAAUUGCUGUUU